UGAGGACUUCGCCCACCGUGGGCUGGGCGGGCAGGGUAUCCGGUGUGUUGGCGGAGUGCUUGGCUUUGCUGCUGGUGUGGCAGCGAGGAGGAACCGGGAGAAGUUCCUGAGCCCGCGAACCGGUAGCGGAAGUGGGAGGAUGCCCUUCAGAUAUCUGGAGCUCUUGAGACGUGGCCCAGGAGAGGGAACUGUGGCUAGUCAAGGAGGCCAUGCUUGAUGUUGCUUCCAGAUCCCAUGUCAACACCGAGUCCUCAGUUGCUGGUGGCAGCUGCUCAGCAGACCCUGGGCGUGGGAAAGAGACGGGGCCCACCCCGACCUAUCUGCCUUCACCUAGCUGGAGAAGUAUUAGCUGUGGCCCGGGGACUGAAGCCAGCUCUGCUCUAUGAUUGCAAUGGUGCUGGGGCAUCAGAGCUCCAGCGCUAUCUGGAGGAGCUGCAGGGUCUGGGCUUCCUGACCAAGGGACUUCACAUUCUUGAGAUUGGAGGAAACAGCCUGAUUGUCAGACCUGAGCACGUGUGUCGACACCUGGAGCAGGUGCUCCUUGAUACUAUAGCCUUUGUGGAUGUUUCCAGCUCCCAACCUCACCCUUCUAUUCGCUCCCUGGACCAGCUUCAGGGCUUGAAGUCCCUUGUAGCUGAGAUCAUCACCCAUUUGCAGGGGCGGCAGAGGGACCUAUCUCUGGGAGUUUCCUGCAGCAGGCUCCGUUGCUCAGAUUGGAAUCUCUGUACUGUGUUUGGGAUCCUCCUGGGCUAUCCUGUUCCCUAUACUUUUCACCCGAACCAGGGAGAUGACAACUGCUUAGCCCUGAUCCCACUACGGGUGUUCACUGUCCGGAUCUCAUGGCUGCUUGGUCAACCUCCAGUCUUGCUCUAUUCCUUUAGUGUCCCAGAGAGCUUGUUCCCAGCCCUGAGGGACAUUCUAAACACUUGGGAAAAGGACCUUAGAAGUCGAUGUAGGACUCAGAAUGACUUUGCUGAUCUCACCAUCUCUUCUGAGACAGUCACACUGCCAGCUGUGGCCCUCUGACUGUCUCCUGUGGAGAAAGUACUCGGCUGUCCUUGUGGGCCAGGAGCACCGCGAGUGCUAUAGCAGUCACCGCCAUCAGCAGCAAUAGCCAUCGACCGCACUGCCUCUGAGGAGGGAGAAGAGAAAAGCCACAGGUUGGUUGGAGAAGAAAGAGGCAAAAAUAAUCUUCCUCUUUCCCAUUCUGGCUCAGUGGAAGGUCUUGGAUGGUGGAGGAGGGAAAGGUUUUUACAUCACUCUGUCACUUUGUCACCUCUCUUGAAAUAGAACCACUUUACUGGUGGCCGCUGGCCCAUAAGCCAAGAUCAUUGGCCCAGGGAACCACAGUCAGCAGGGCCUAGAUACUUAAAUACUGAUAUGACCAUUCAAAGGUAGAAAAUAGCAAAAUGAAAUUAUUCUCUGUUCAUAUUUCUUGGUACUUUUUCUCUCUCAUUCUGUCCUUGCCACUACUACAUAGAAAAGGCUAAAAAACACCAUUUCCUACUUCAGCUAAUAGUAAGUCUUUCCCUUUAGGUUUAAGAAUUCUGUGACAACUAAGUUUGGAUGCAUACGCCAGUGUUUCUUUCCAUGGUUGCAACGCUCUCAGUAUAAACAAAGCUGAAUGGGACAGGCUGGUUAGAUGUUGGCACGGGCUGAUAAAUUUUAUCUGCAAGAUUGGGCUAAAGGAGGAAUAGUCCCCCCAUCGUCUAGUGCUAUAUGGGAAGAUCGAGGCUCUUACUCUGGGAGGCAGCUUCUGGCUCUGGUUCAGCUCUUCUCGACAGUGCUGGAGCUUACGCAGGCAGGAGAGGUACUCGUCACUGAGGUUGUCUAACUCUGAAUGCAGUUCCUUGCACUGAGGGGGAAAAUACCACCAAGGUCAUCACCAGGCAGGGGAGAGGGCCCCAUGUAAGUUACUCCUUCAUUCGUUUGGAAUUUGUACCACCUUCCUCCCGCCCCAGCCUUUGUCAGAGAUUUUACUUUGCCUUCUGAGUGUCUCACGUAGUUUGUUCAGAAUGUGUUCAUUUACAUGAUUGAUUAUAAUGCGUAUUACAGAAGAAGUAAGUGCUUUCAUGUGUUCAUGUGACAGUGUGCACGUGCUUUGUAAAUGGGGACACCAAAAAUGAAGUUCCUACAGUACGGAAGACCUGAAAGUGAUCAUUGUACAAGUCUCUCUGCCAGUGGCCAAGGAUAUGUGUCUGUGAGUUUGUAGAUGGGAAGAGUGAAGAGUUUUGUUACUUAAAAGACUGUAAAGUUUUAACAUAGUGUAAAGGUGAAGUUUGAAAAGUUAGUGUAUAUUAAAUAUAUUUGCAUUUAGGUUGACUUUAUACAAGGUAACUAAUAAAGUGAAUAAGGAUUGGUGUAAAUGAGGGAAGGAAAAGAUUGAUAAGUUAACCCUAAAGCAAAGACAUUUUUUACAGGCAAGUGAAUACCCGCAGGCGUCCAGUUACAAGGCAGCUGUUGAAAUCCCUGCUCUCCAGCCGCCUCCCAACAGCCGCUUCCCUACCACUGUAGGCUGAGCCCCUCACUGACUGAGGUCAUGUCUCACCUCCUUUUCCUUGGCCUGGAGCUGCAAAGUCGUCUUUUGCAGCUGGUCUCUGAAAUCCCAGUCUUUCUCCUUCCCUGUACCCUCAGGUUCCACUUCGUUAUGGGAAGGCUUUGGACUCCACUCAGACAAAGCCUGAUCUAAAAAAGCAGCCACAUUCUCAGUGACGGUGAGGCCCACACCUCUGAGGAAGGGCCCUGUCACUGUGAGAACCCCAAGGAGGGAAAGGGAGGGAAGGGAAGAGGGGAGGGUCCGUCUUUGGUUAUGAUUCAUAGAACAGAAUUCUCUGACUUUUUAAAGAACUCCCACUGGGAGCCCCUGCUCAGCCUGGACAGAGCUGGAAUUUGAGCCCCACGGAGGGCAAGGUUGGCAUCUUUUCUUUGUACCAGUCCUGUCUAAUGCCAGAUACUUUUAUUAGAGUACAUUUAUUAAUCCAAUUUUUUUGGUUAUUGGCCACAUCCUUUUUAGUUCGUCCGGUAGGUUUGCUGGAUGCCUCAACUCCCUUUCCCUUCGUUCUUCACUCCAGUCAUGAGAAAGCAGUCAUACCCUAGAAUUCAUCUUCAUGUGGUUAAAGGUGGCAUUUCAGCCACCUCAUAGUUUUAGACUUGUGAAAAGCGCACUGGACUAAAAGUUAGAAAUUCUGAAUCUUUGUCUUAGCAGUGUCUUUAAUUUGUAUGACCAUAGACUUUCCUUGCUAUGUGGGCAUAAUUUCUGCCUUAUGUGUUACCCAGUGAUUGUGAUGGGAAAACAAAAGGCUGCGUGGACAGGUGAGGAGCUUCUGCCCCUCCAUACACAUGACGAGUUCUUCUCACGAAGCUAAGACAGCAGACUUCAGGGCUGAGAGUGAGGUAGCUGUUGCAUGCAACCUGGUUUAGACUUGGGAAGUUGGAUGUGACUUGGGAAGCAAGUGUAAAAAUUGACAUGAAAUCCUGAGUUCAAAAUCAAUUUAUUGAAAUGUUCAACACAGACAACUGUUUUCAGGGGGAGUAGAAAUCCUUUAUCACAGUUUACGUACCUCUCACAAUAGGAGGCUAACUAGUUGCUCUCAGAGCCCAUGAUUAGUCCUUAAGAAACUUCCCCAGCUCCCUGACCUAACAGACUCCCAGAACAGGACGCAACUCCAAGAAGUCAUGUAGCCCAUUCCCAUGCCUCUAGGCAGGCAAGGAAAGAGCAGUGUCUUAGAAUUUGUGGAAGUAAAUUUGCUGACCUUUCUUUGUUAAGAGUUUCUCCUGUCCUUGGAGCUGUACGGAUUGGCUCUGCAGUAGACCUGUUGGAAAACGCAAGAAGCCUGUCUGUGCUGGCAUAUUUACUGCAAAGGGUGUGUUUCCAGAACUUUGCUCAGAAUCUUAAUUAUUAAAGAUGUUCCCAUCUCUUCCCGGUUGAAUGGGGUUACCCCCCAAUUCGUAUGUUGAAGUCCUAACUCCCAGUAUUCAGAAUGUGACCUUUUUGGAGACCUGUAUUUUACAGAGGUAAUCAGGUUAAAACGGGACAUUAAGGUGACCCCCUGAUCGAAUGUGACACAUCCUCGUAAGAAAAGGCCUUUGGACACAGACAUGCAUAGACGGGAGGUGUGUGAAGAGACACACAGAGAAGACGGCCAUCUGCAAGCCAAGGAAAGUAACGUGCAACAGAUGCUUCCUUCAAAACCUCAGGAGGAACCAAGCUCGCUGACACCUUGAUUUUGGUUUUCUAGCCUGCAGAGCUGUGAGAAAAUAAACGUCUUUAAGUCACCCA